UUAAAAAGAAAUAACUAAGAAAAGAAAACGCACACAGCGCGAGCUCCAACAGGCCUCGAGCAGGCGGGCAGCAGCGGCGGGGCGACGCAGUCUGGCCUGGCGCGCCGCGUACACGGCAUCAAUUCAAGCAAAGCGGAAAGCAAGCAGGACGGCAAGGCCGGCGACGCAGCGCCGAGCAGGUGAGGCGAGGUGACCCUGCGCCGCGGCCUCUCAACCGGAGGCGCGCUUCCCAAGCUCGCCGCCACCCUCGUACCCGUUCUUCCAGUCGCGCCGCGCAUUUUGUUCUGCAAAAAAAAAAAAAAAAUGUCGGCGGUUGAGUUUUUCGAUCCAACCCUGUGAACCGCGCGCGAUUCCUUGCGAUUGAAUCCACAGCCACAGCAACUCAAAGCUUCGAUCUUUUUUUUGCUCCUUUCCUUUUUCUUCUCCGUCACUCCCAAUCCAUCACCUACCGAGCUGAUAACUCCUCCCCUCCUGCCGCUGCGCUGCCACCUCCAUUCCACCCCCGCGCCAAGCAACCAAUCUCGAAAAGUGCAAGCUUUCUCUUCUUCCUGCUUCUGGAUCUCGCCAAGGUUACUGCUAUGGAUUCUGAAUGCUCUGCAGCUCUCACCACUGCGUUCACUUCUUGAAUACCAAAUUCUUGUUCCUCACCAUUGUAACCACUCCAGGUACUUGAUGAUCAGAAGAUGUCGUCAAACUCCACUCUGACAGAAUCCCUUCAUGAAAAAACAGUUGUUUUUGGCCUCAAACUUUGGGUUGUAAUUGGGAUAUCUGUAGGAGCAUCCCUACUUGGUGUUCUUCUCAUCCUUAUUUUCUGCCUCACCAUACAAACUUGGAUCAAGAGGUCACGCAGGACCUUUAAGGAAAUUCCAAUUAACCAAAUACCUUCCGCAUCCAAAGAUAUCAAGGAAGUGAGGGCAGUGGAUGACCAAUUUUUGCCCACCAAUUUUGUUGUACAUGAUGGGCUUCUACUCACCAUUCAGAAUGAACCUGUUGAAUCAGUGGAUAAAGAUGUAGACCAGUUGGCUCAGGAGGAGAAGAUGAGACAAACAGAAGAGAACAAUCUCUCUAUUCCUUUACAUUAUGAGGAUAAGUAUGAUGGAAUUCAACCUGUUUCCACAUGUGAACACUCUUCCUCACAUGCUCCUGCCGACUCUGUGCCCUUGGCAGGCCUACCUGAGUUCUCUUACCUUGGCUGGGGCCAUUGGUUCACUCUCAGGGAUCUGGAACUUGCAACAAACUGCUUUUCAAAGGAUAACAUAAUUGGUGAGGGGGGAUAUGGCGUCGUGUACCAUGGCAGAUUAUCAAAUGGCACACCAGUGGCUGUCAAGAAAAUCCUUAACAACCUAGGACAAGCUGAGAGAGAAUUCAGAGUGGAAGUUGAAGCAAUUGGUCAUGUCCGGCACAAGAAUUUGGUUCGCCUUUUGGGGUACUGUGUUGAAGGCACUCAAAGGAUGCUUGUAUACGAGUAUGUUAACAAUGGGAAUCUGGAAAGUUGGUUACAUGGAGAAUUGUCCCAAUAUAGUUCUCUCACUUGGUUAGCGCGCAUGAAAAUUCUUUUGGGUACUGCAAAGGCUCUUGCUUACUUACAUGAGGCAAUUGAACCAAAAGUUGUGCAUCGCGAUAUCAAGGCUAGUAACAUAUUGAUUGACGAUGAGUUCAAUGCCAAGAUAUCUGACUUUGGUUUGGCAAAGAUGCUAGGUGUUGGUAAAAGUCAUAUUGCUACUCGAGUUAUGGGUACUUUUGGCUAUGUUGCACCUGAGUAUGCUAACAGUGGACUUUUGAAUGAAAAGAGUGAUGUCUACAGUUUUGGGGUAGUUCUUCUUGAAGCUAUUACAGGAAGAGAUCCAAUAGACUACGAUCGCCCUCCAAAUGAGGUAAACCUAGUUGACUGGCUUAAAAUGAUGGUUGCCAACAGACGAUCUGAGGAAGUUGUUGAUCCAAACCUAGAGAGAAGACCAUCCACGAAGGAGCUCAAACGUGCCCUUUUGACAGCUCUGAGGUGCAUUGAUUUAAAUGCUGAGAAGAGACCAAGGAUGGACCAGGUGGUCCGGAUGUUGGACUCCAAUGAACCCAUUCCUCAAGAGGAAAGGAGACAACGACAGAACCUCGCCUCUAAUAGUUCAGAAACUGAGCCAUUAAGAGGGAAAAACAGCAGCGGCAAGAGUGAUGCCCCUGAAAAUGAGAUAGAGCCACCUCGAUAUAAGAACAAGAGUCGAGCAUUUUCGCCCAAGUGAAAGUGAAAAGCAUACUACCGUUCAAGUUGCCGAGUUAUCUGCAGUGCUCUCAAUACACAAUGGAUUGAUCAAUUGUUUUGUUUCUCUUUUCUGUUUUGUUUGUACUUGAUUAUUUUUUUUGUUCCCUGGAAGGGCUGGGGGCAACGUCACACAUAAUUGUAUUUCUUGAAGCAUGUACAGAGCCUGGUGUGUGAUACAUGUACAGUAGUAGUGUGUGAUAGACAGUUGAAGGAUGCAAAGGAGAGCUUCUGAGAAGUGCAUGAAGAAACCAUCCAAAUAACUUUUCAUAGUUCUGUAUGCUCCAAGAGUAUAAAGAGGCAAAUGAAAGGAAAAAAAAUGUCUCGGUUUGUGUUGUGUAUGACAAAUGAAUGAAGUGAAUCUAUCAGUUGUGGAGUUGAGUGUUCUCUUUAUCAGCUCUUCAGACAGGAGAUAAAGUGAUAAACCAUUCUUUGAGGUGAAUUUCGCAGGUAUGGAUUUUUUUUUUGA